CCUGUUUGUUUGUUCUGAUCAAUACACCAAGCCCUUACCCCCUCCAACCCCUCUCUCUCUCUCUCUCUCUCUCUCUGUCUCCCUCUCUCUGAAUCCUAAUCUCUCGGCGUCUUCUUUCUCUCUGUCCGCGAUUCGCAAACCCUAGCAAUCGCCUCUACACCACCCUUUCUCUUAAGCUCUUUCUUAUCCAAUCUCUCUCUCGCCAUCCACAAUCCAAUCCGCUUUGUUUCUGUUGUUGACCUGUUGCUCUAAUGGUUCACGUGAAGCUUAGCCUGUCCGACGAUCUCCUUUCCUCCAAGUUCUCCGUUGAACAAACGUCCAACCACACCAAAGAUGAAAUCUGGGGUGGAGGAACUGGUGAAGACAAGGCGCUGGUGGGUUUGCCUGAUGAGUCAAAAGAUCAUGUGCCUUCAGAUAGCAGCAUACCUCUUUCUCCACAAUGGCUUUAUGCUAAACCAGUUGAUGCUAAGAUCCCAACUGCUGGAGCAUCAGGGGAACUGCGUGCACCAAGUUCUUUAUCGCAUGGAAACAUCUCUGACAACAAUUUGAAAGAUAGUUGGCGAUUAGAUGGAUCCCAAGACAAAAAAGACUGGAGGAAAAUUUCACCUGAUCUAGAAAGCAGCCGCCGAUGGCGUGAAGAGGAGAGAGAUACAAGUUUACUUGGUAGAAGAGACCGCAGGAAAGAUGAUCGCCGUGCUGAUGCCAUGCCGUCAAGAGACAUAUCUGAGGGUAGACCUUUGCCUUCUUCAGAUCGUUGGCAUGAUAAUAAUAGCCGUAAUUCUGGGCAUGAAUCUCGGAGAGAUGGCAAGUGGUCGUCAAGGUGGGGCCCUGAAGAUAAAGAGAAGGAUUCUCGGGCUGAGAAGAAAACAGACGUUGAAAAGGAAGAUACUUACGUUGACAAGCCUUCUUUAAUUAACAGCAGCCGCACAACUUCUGAACGUGAGAUUGACUCUCGGGAAAAGUGGAGGCCUCGCCAUCGUAUGGAAGUUCAAGCUGGUGGAACAGCUGCGUAUCGUAGCGCACCAGGAUUUGGGUCAGAAAGAGGACGCAUGGAGGGAUCAAAUGUUCGAUUUUCUGCAGGACGAGGAAGGUCAAAUAAUUACGGAAGCAUACAAAUUGGCAAGCACCCUUCUGCUUCUGCUAUUGGGUCAAUUCCUUCAGAUACGAAUAAAUCAUACUGCUACCCCAGGGGAAAACUUCUUGACAUUUACCGAAGGCAAAAAACUCUUCCAAAUUUUGGUAUCAUGCCUGAUGAAAUGGAGAAUGUAACUGCAAUAACACAAGAAGUUGCUACUCAGCCAUUGUCUUUUGUUCCACCUAAUGUAGAGGAGGAGGCUGUUCUUGGAGAUAUAUGGCUAGGAAAAAUCAAAAGCAGUAGAGACUCACAUGACUCACUUGGUGACAGGAAUGGGGCAUCUAAUGAUGAUAUUGGAGGCCUUGGUGCAGCAACAAGUGAGCAGAAUCAGAGUUCCUCAGUUAAGACUGAUGAAAUUGUUGAAGCUUUUCAAAAGGUUGCUUUUACUGAUUCUUGUCAUGAUAGUGGGGCUGAGUUGCUAGAUACAUCUAUGGCUGAUGAAAUGGAUGCUUCAACAGAUGGUGAAUUGAAGUUUAGGACAGAACUUCAUGGAGCUUUGAGCUUAAUGCCCGCAGUUCUAAAGAGAGAGGAUUCCCAGGAGAAUGCUGUGGAGUUGAAAGCUUUUGAAAUGCAGCAAGUGGUGGAUUUGGCUCAUAUGAAGCACCUAAAGUUGGAAGAUGCUGAGUCAGCUACUUCUUUUAAAAUUGCCAGUCACCUCCCUGAUGAUCCAAAAUCUCUAUUUGAUUUUCCGUCUGGCCAGCAAAGGCUGAGCAAUGACCACUUUGCUGUAGAAAGCAAUGAUGAAGCACAUCCACUGGGAAGUGUUAUCCCUCCUGAGGAGUUGUCUUUGUGCUAUCUUGAUCCUCAAGGGGCAAUUCAGGGGCCAUAUCUGGGGAUUGAUAUCAUCACAUGGUUUGAGCAAGGGUAUUUUGGAACUGAUCUACCUGUUCGUUUGUCAGAUGCUCCUGAUGGAUCACCUUUUCAUGAACUUGGUGAAGUUAUGCCGCAUCUAAAAGUAAAACAUGGAUCUGUUUCUGGUGCUUCUAAGUUAUCUGAUCCUGCUGGAGGCAGCUUGGAAGAGAGUGUAGCUCCUCUUGUUUCCACUUUUGACUCUGAGGGUGAUUCUGCUGUUAGGAAAGAUCAGCCAUGGGCUUCAUCUGGAUUUGAGGCAAUCUUAGGUGCUAAUUGUCAGUCAAAACUAUAUAAUAACGGCAUUCACUCUGGGUUGCAGUUCUCCAAUGAUCAAAGGUUCCGGCAGUUUGCUGCUCAAGAUGAAGAAAUUCGUUUUCCUGGAAGGCCAGGAAGUAGCAGCGGUGACCCUUUGAUAAGGAAUUCUACAGACAUUCAGAGUAUGGUUUCCUGUCCUCCUAGUCACCCUUCCCUUGCAAAUGAAUUCUCAGGAACAAGCAUCCAUGCUCCUCAGGAUGAGAAUGUGCAUCCAUUUGGCCUAUUGAUGUCUGAGCUCAGAGGAAACUCUCAGUUGAGGCAUGUUCAAUCAUCCAAUAUGUCUUCAAGCAUAGGUGAUCUAGGUCAAACCAUGGAUCUCUUAUCAGAGAGGGAUAUUGGUUUCUACAACCAGAGCUCUUUUCGUGCUCUGGCUGAUCAACCUACUUUUAUGGGGACAUGGCCUGAGGAUUAUAACAAAAAUACACUCUCUAACCCCAGUAUUAAUAUUGGUUCACAAGAUGUUCAUCCCUUAUCUCGUAGGGAUAGGGAGCUUAGCGAUUUUGAUGUACAGCACCUAAUUUUACAGAAUUUAGAAAAGGAACAACUUCAGCAACAAAAUAGUUUAUCUCCUCAUCCCCUUUCAAAUACUACCAGAUUGGGUGUUGAGGAGCUUCCUCCUCAUCUUCAGAAACUGCAAUUUCAACAGCAGCGACAAUUAGAGCUUCAAGAACAGCAAAGGAGGUUGGAGCUUCAACAACAGUGGCAUUUGAAACUUCAUCAGCAACAGCGACAGUUAGAGCAGCAGCGACAGUUGGAGCAGCAACGACAGAUGGAGAAGCAACGGCUGUUGGAGCAGCAACGGUUGUUGGAGCUUCAGCAGCAGCAACAGCUGUUGGAGCUUCACCAGCAGCAGCGGCAGAUGGAACUUCAAAAGCAGCAUCAGUUAAUGCAGCAUCAACUUCGUCACAAUCAAGUGAAGUUGCUGCAACAGCAGCAACUACAGCAGCAGCAGCAGCAGCAGCAAGUAGUUCUUGAACGGUUAAUGCAGCAUCGGAUGUCCGAUUUUGGUUAUAGCCAAUCAAAGAUGGAUCCACUGAUGGACAACUUGCUUGAUCCAGUUCAGUUCAGGAUGCAGCAGCCAGAAUUGCAACAUAGUUCUCAUCCUUCAAGGCACCAUGAUCCAUCACUGGAGCAAAUAAUCCGAGCUAAGAUUGGAGGCAAUGCUUUUCGAGAACCAGAGGCUGAUAUCUUAGACUUACUGCAAGCAAAACAUGGAAAUGUUGUUCCUCCUGACCAGUUUCAUUUUCAGCAAGAACAGUUGCAGGCCCAGCAAUUAUCUUUGGCGCUGAAACAACAUUUAGGAAUGGAUGGAGAAAGACAUUUCAAUCUACCAUGGUCUGUUGAUGAAGCUGGUCAUGUUUCUCGGAAUUCUGAUGUCAUUUACCAUCCUCAGUCUUUAGGAUUUGAUUCUUCAGAUUUCUACCGGCAGCAGCAAAGGCUUUCGUCACAGGAAGAGCAUUUAAGCCAACUUAAACAGAGACAGGCUUUGCAGGAGCGACUUCAACAUGGAUUUUAUGAACCCAGCUCUAUAGAAUUUGAGAGGUCAAUGGUUCUUCCUGCUGUCACUCCUGGGAUGAAAUUGGAUAAUGUAAAUGAUCGUCCUCAAGGUCUAGAUUCAACAGAAAGACAUUUAUAUACACAGUCUGAUGACCAACUAGGUUCUUUCUCUUCUGAUAUUCCUCUGCGUCGACGAAUUUCAAAUGAUUUUUAUGGUGCUCAACCAGAAAGGGAUUACAUCCCUGUAAAAAAUGGGCCGUUGGAAAAAGGUUGGGUUGAAGGAGGGAUGCAACAACUGCAUCUUGAAACUUGGCAGCAGGGUAAUGUUUCUGAAGUUACUGCAAACUCUAGCAUUUGGGCACAUGAGGAGAACUCAAAGAGACAUUUGACGGAUCUUCAAAAAGAAUUGGGUCUUCAAUCUAUCCAGUCAUUAGAAAAUGAUUAUCAACAUCAUAUUUCAUCUUCUGAAUCUCAGGGAAGCUUUUGGCCAAUCAAGGAGUCACACUCUUCAAAUCUUGCCUUCAAUCAUGUCCCAGAUCAAGAAGUAGCUACAAACAGCUCAUUUAUGAAAGAGCCACAAAAUUUGAAUUCAGCUUCUCUAUUGCAAGAUAAUGUCGCUAACGUGGCUAUCCAUGGUCAAAAUGGUGAAGAAUUGCUUGCUAGGUCUAAAUCUGGAGCACUAAUUGAAGAACAGACAUUCUUGUCAGGCACAAGAAAUCCUUCUCAUACUAGUUUUAUGGAUGCCAGAUUCAUUGGUAGCUCAUCUUUGGACGAAGAUUUACCAGAACUGGAAAUGAAGGAAAAUAUUUAUGGGUCCAAAGCCACUGUUUCAAUGGGCAGGUCAGUUACACAAAUUGAGGACAACUUGGUUGAGCAAGCAGAAGCUGCCAUGGAUUUUGGAACGAUACCUGUUAAUGCCAGUAGCAGUAGUAGUUCACGAAGCAGUGCUGCUGGAAAUCAAGGAUUAUUCGUCUAUGAGAUAGGACAGAAUAUGUCAUCAGCAAGAGGGGAGGUUUCCAAUGAUAGUGUAUCUUCUAUCCUAACCAAAGGGCUUGAUAACGCUUCGCAUAAACGCCCCCCUGUAUCACGGGUUUUAUCUUCCCAGGAUGGUUUGUCAGACUUGGCCUCUGCUUCAAAUGAGAAGCAGAAAAGUUCAACGAGGCUUCCAACUUCUAAUGAAAAAAAGCUUGAUUCUGUGGGGUAUACAGCAGCAACUUCGACAGCUGAAACUCAGGCAUCUGGAAAGAAGAAAGAAAUGCGUUUUAGGAGGACCUCAUCUUACAGUGAUGCUACCACGGUGUCAGAGACAUCAUUUAUAGAUGUGCUUAAAAAGCCAGUUCUAUCCGAGGCUGAUUCAGCUAACAUGGAAUUGUCUGAUGGAGGCUCACAAGCAGCACGAAGUGGCAAAAAGAAAGGGAAGAAAGGAAGGCAGAUAGAUCCUGCUCUCCUUGGCUUCAAGGUUUCCAGCAACCGGAUUAUGAUGGGUGAGAUCCAAGGCCUUGACGAUUAACUAGUUCAUUUUGUAUAUAUCUUUGUAUAUUUGUCUGCAUCUAUUUGUAGAGAUCAUUGGGGAGGUUUCAGUUUUGAAAUUCUUUGAUUCUUUUUUCUCGACAAGGCGGAGAAAAAUCGCCUGAUUUUGAUUCCCGCUGUCGCCCUUCAUGUUGUAGAGGAGUAUAGGCUUUCACUAUAAAAGUUUUGAAAGGAACAAAGCACAGAAGGAAAAAAAAAUAGUGUAAAUGAUUUUUCAAUGAUGUUAUUCUGCAACAGCUUCAUUAGCUUCUGUAGUCCUCCAUAUGAAACUUAUCAAUCUGCUGCUAAAAAACAGUUAAACCAAA